AUGGAGAGCUAUCAUGGACUUGAGUUCGGUUCAAGAGUAAUAUUAGGUGAUGGAAACUACGGUUUUUGGAAAUCAAAGAUGAAGGCGGUUAUAGGAGGUAUUGAUGUAUAUGCUUGGAAAGCAAUAUUGGAAAAGUGGGAAGAGCCAAAAAUCAAGGAUGAAUCAGGAGUGGAAGUUGCUAAGCCAGAGAAAGACUGGACUAACGACGAAUUGAAGAAAUCAAAAUAUAAUGCCAGAGCACUCUCUGCUAUUCACAAUAAUGUUGGAAGAAACCAGUUUGAACUGAUUCAAGGAUGUGAAACAGCAAAAGAAGCAUGGGAUAUCUUGCAAACUCACUUUGAAGGAACUACUAAGGUGAAAAAUUUAAGGAAAGACAUGUUAGCUUCAAGAUUUGAAAAUCUAAAGAUGGAAAGCUAUGAGUCAAUAUCUGAUUUUAGUUCAAAGAUAAGUUCUUUAGCUCAGGAAGCAUUGACUCUUGGGAAAAAAUACAAAGACAAGAAAUUGGUGAAGAAAUUUCUAAGAUGUCUUCCUACAAGAUUCAUGGCAUACAAGACUGCCUUGAGUGUGUCUCAUAACAUAGAAAAUCUUAGCUUUGGAGAAGUGGUUGGUAUGCUUCAAGCUCAUGAGAUGGAACUGGAAGGUGAGAAUAAACGAGACAUUUUUGCUCUUGAAAGAGAGAAUCACGAAGUAGAAGAAGAAGAUUCGAUUGGUUUGCUGGCUCAGAAGUUUAGUCGAGUGUUGAAAGAAGCAGAACAUGAAUUAGGUCAGAGGAGGUUCAGCUUGAUCAAAAAUAAUCUAGAGAAUGGUGAAGCUGUCAAGAAGACGUACAUGCAAUGUCAUGAGUGCAGAGGAUAUGGACACUAUAAGAAUAAUUGUCCUACAAUCAAAAGAAGAGAAAUAAAAUGUUUUAUGUGCAAAGGUAUUGGAUACACUCAGCUAGAAUGUGGUAAUGAUCAGAAACGUAGAAAAGAAAAGUCUAAACUGAGAGUUGAAGAUGAUUCAAAAGAAGAUAAUGAUAAUGGAAUAGAACUAAAUAAGCUUGGUGCAUUCUUGGGAGUCGCUACAUUUGCUGAAGGAGAGGAAGUUUCAGAAUCUGAAUCUGAAGGGGAACAGGUAGAUGAAUUUACAGAAUGUUACAAGGAGGUGCGUGAAACACUGAUUAAGAUUGGAAAAGAAAAUCAGACCUUAAUAAAAGAGAAGCGUCGUCUUGAUGCACUUGUCAAGUCACUGCAGAUUGAAUUGAGUGAUACAAAGAAAAUCAAACAAGAAAAUGUAACAUUAAUGAAGGACAAGCAUAAUGUCUCUACAAGAACAAGAAAAUCUAACAGAGGUUUGGGAUAUAUUGGACAAGAAGGAUCUCAAACAGUGCAAAUCAAGUUUGUACCUGAAGGUGUUUCUCUACCAAAUCAAUACAAAUCUGAAAGUAAUACAACCAAACAUAUUGGUUGUUAUUUUUGUGGGAAGAAUGGUCACAUAAAAGCAUAUUGCUACAGAUUUAGAGAAAGAGUAAGUAGACUCAAAGAUCAAGGAAAAUUUUCAUGGAACAGAUUUCAUAAUCAAAUAUGGGUGAAGAAAUCUGAUCUGUAUCAGAUGGCAUCAAUGUGUAAGAGGAAGGAACAUCAGAUUAUUGAUGAUGGGAGUUCACCUCAUAUGACAAAAACCUGGAGCAAUCUACAAAGUGUUAAGAAAAGAGAAGGAAUUAUUGGAAUCAUUCUCAAGCAAAAGAAGAAACCUGAAACUGACUCUGAAACUGCAAAAGAACGUGAAUGUGUAAAAAAUCCUAAGUCUGCAUCAGAGAAUGCAACUGCAAUAGAGACUGCAGCUAGGACUGAAACUGUAAUUGAACCAACAAUUACAACAGAACCUGCAACAGAAGAUUGCAGCAAGGUAGAGAGUGUCAACUACACAAUGUUGUAUAAUAAAUGGCUUAAACUAACUGAGGAGAAUUCAGUGUUGACAAGGGAGAAACUCAAGUUAGAGGCUAAGGUUGCUGAAAUACAAAAAUAUGCCAUAGAGAAAGAAGAAGAAGCAUUACAAGCUAGAAUACAACUUGAAGAAACUCAAAAGAAUUUGAGAAUGCUUAAUAAUGGCACAAAACAGUUGGAUCAUAUUCUGAACAUUGGCAAAACUGAUCGAUAUGGUCUUGGAUUUAAAGGAAAUCUUUCAAAAUCAUAUCCAAUGUUUGUCUCUGCAAGUUAUUAG